GUCCGUAAAACUACCAAAUCGGUCGUCGUAGAACGAACAGCGCAGAUCGCGUCACGUCGAAUCGAUUUCCGGCGAGUUUCCAGGAGCGCUAGAAUGGCGUUGAGAUCGAUUUGCCGGCUGUCAAUUGAUUCGACCUUCAGGCAGUCGAGCCAUUUCGGAGCCACCGCCCGGCCGAGACGACCGUCCUUUGACACGCUCCUACGAAGUUUUGCCGCAGCAGCUAAGAACAUGGCACUGCCACGCGUUUUCUUCGACAUGACCGCGGACGACAAGCCCGUGGGCCGCAUCGUGAUGGAGUUGAGGAAAGAUGUUGUUCCCAAGACAGCGGAAAACUUCCGCGCGCUUUGUACUGGAGAAAAGGGUUUCGGAUACAAGGGUAGCAGUUUCCACAGGGUGAUUCCGAAUUUCAUGUGUCAGGGUGGUGAUUUUACCAACCACAAUGGCACCGGCGGAAAAUCCAUCUAUGGCGCCAGGUUCGAAGACGAGAACUUUAAGUUGACUCAUACCGAACCUGGUAUACUAUCUAUGGCAAAUGCUGGCCCCAACACUAACGGCAGCCAGUUCUUUAUCACCAGUGCCAAGACCAGCUGGCUCGACGGAAAGCACGUCGUGUUCGGAAAAGUCACCGAAGGAAUGGAUGUUGUUAGAAAAUUGGAGGCUAUGGGUUCUCAAAGCGGCAAGACAUCCAAAAAGAUCAUAAUAGCGGAUAGCGGAGAGUUUUAGAUCAACUAGAUACUGUAAUGACUGCAUUUUUAUUUAGCUGUUGCAUAUCUAUUUGCUGUCUUUAUUGCCCUACUUCAUCCAUUCCUAUCGACCAAGAUUCUCUCAUCGCCGCUAAUAAUUUGUUACCGAGCACGAAAAUUCAAACUUAUAUAAUUUUGUAUAAAUGAAAAGAAAUUGCCUGCAUAAUAUUUUUUUUCUAUUUUAUUUUAAGUAAGUUCACUUUUUUUGGCUAAAGAAUAGAGAAUUGUUUGCAGUGAUUUUUUUUAUAAUGAAUUUGCUAAUUUUGAAAUUUCCUUUGCUUCAUUUCACGAUCAGUACACCGUGUUUUUAUAAGAAAUCUGUAUUAGACUUUUGUGCGAAAUCCAUAUUCUUCCACGAAUACACGCUUAGUAUCGCUAAGUGAUAUAGCAGAAAAACACAUGCAAUGAGCUCAAAUUUUACAAUUACCAUCCUACAUUUUAGUGAGUGUUCAAAAUAUGAAUAUCUUCAAUAUUAGGAUAGGUAUUUCAGAGAUUAAAAAUCAGUGAUUGAUGUAUUGAUUCCAGUGUGUUAACCGAUGCAUUUCUCUUUAACGUUAUAUAUUUUAAUUUUACAUAUGUAUAAUACAUAUAAAUGUAUAACACGAUUAGAGAAUUCUCAUUGUAUGUUUUUUUUAUAAAUAUACCAUUCCUCUUCUUUGCCGAAAAUCAAAGGCAUCCCGCAUCGCCUAUCGUAAUACAGGCAAUGCCUGAAAGCGAUACCAUCUUACUGUAAUACAACACCAAGUUGAAAAAUGUAGUUGCAACAGUCCGAAAAGUUUCGAUUUCUUAAAAAUAAAAUUGUUUUCAGAAAGAAAAA